AUGAACGGCGCCGGCAUCAUAGAUCACUCUCCGAGUCAACCAGAUGCCGUUUCUCCAAUACCAGGCGCCUCAAACUUGAUCGUCAUUGACAAUUAUGACUCAUUUACCUACAAUGUCUACCAAUAUUUAGUCUUAGAAGGUGCAAAUGCCAAAGUCUACAGAAACGAUGAAAUCACUCUGAAAGAAAUCAUCGAUCUAGAACCAACGCAGCUAGUGAUAAGUCCCGGCCCGGGCAAUCCAGAGGAUGAUGCUGGCGUCAGUAAUGAAGCCAUCCGCUAUUUUGCUGGCAAGAUCCCUGUACUUGGUGUGUGUAUUGGAGAACAAUGUAUUUUCACUGUCUUUGGUGGCAAGGUCGAGAUGACCGGGGAGAUUCUUCACGGCAAGACAUCCCCUUUGAAGCAUGAUGGCAAGGGGCUAUAUGCAGGUCUCGGCCAGAAUCUGCCAGUCACACGGUAUCAUUCUCUGGCUGGGACUCACUUGACACUACCUGAUUGCCUGGAAUUAACCUCGUGGACUGAGCGACCGGGCGAUGGGAAAGGAAUCAUCAUGGGAGUGCGACACAAGGAAUUGCUCGUCGAGGGCGUACAAUUUCACCCCGAGAGCAUCCUGACAGCAGACGGAAGGAUGAUGAUACGAAACUUUCUCCAAAUGCGAGGCGGGACUUGGGAAGAGAAUAGACGUCUAGGGAAAGAAGUAUCCAAUUCGCAGGCGCUGGAACCCCCUGGCAAAACAACUUUGGUCAAUGGCACAGACCCGCCCGCGUCAAAGACUAAGCCAUCCAUUUUGCAAGAGAUUUUCGACGACCGUAAGAGGGUAUUUGAAGAACAAAAGAAAGUGCCCUCCUUCAGGCCCUCUGAUUUGCAAGCUAUCUAUGAUUUAAAUCUUGCCCCACCCCAAAUUCCUUUUGCUGAACGGCUUCGUCAAUCACCCUUCAAACUAUCACUCAUGGCAGAAGUCAAGCGUGCUUCACCCUCUAAAGGUGACAUCGCCCUGGACAUUUGUGCUCCUGCACAAGCGAAGGAAUAUGCUCUUGCAGGAGCGAGCGUCAUCUCAGUACUGACCGAACCACGAUGGUUCAAAGGGAGCGUUGAAGAUAUGCGGCAAGUGCGACAGAUCUUAGAAGGAAUGCCACAUCGUCCAGCCGUACUGCGGAAGGAAUUCAUCUUCGAGAAGUAUCAGAUCCUCGAAGCGAGAAUCAAUGGAGCGGAUACCGUUCUCCUGAUAGUCAAGAUGCUAAGUCGCGACGACCUGAAGAAGCUUUACUACUAUUCUCAAAGCCUAGGUAUGGAGCCUCUAGUCGAAGUCAAUACGGUCGAGGAAAUGGACAUCGCCAAAGAGCUUGGCGCAAAAGUCAUAGGGGUGAACAAUCGAAAUCUAACCAACUUUGAAGUCGACCUUGACACGACAAGUCGACUUAUGGAAGGCGUCUCCGAUGAUACCAUUGUGUGUGCGCUCAGCGGCAUCUCUGGGCCAGAGGAUGUCAAGGCUUAUCAAAGUAACAACGUGAAAGCUGUAUUAGUUGGUGAGGCUCUGAUGAAGGCACCGAAUGUCAACGACUUUGUUUUCAAUCUGCUCGGACGAUCAGAAGGAAAGGAGCAGUUCCUGAAAGCAGGAUUGAAUGUGAAGAUAUGUGGUACGAGAUCACCAGAAGCUGCCAAAGCCGCUAUCGAGGCUGGAGCCGAUCAGAUUGGUAUCAUACUGGUAGAAGGCAGAAGUCGUUGCGUUCCCAAAGAUGUGGCUUGCGAGAUUUCCAAGGUGGUUCAUACGACACGAAGGCUGAGUGCUAAGACAGAGUCAAACGUGGAGAAAAAGGCUGCCUCUGGCUAUUUCGAGCAUUCAAGAACUCACUUGACGCAAACAAACCGUGCGCUGUUAGUAGGCGUUUUCCAAAACCAGCCUCUCACAUAUGUUUUGGGCGCACAAAAAAUACUUGACUUGGAUAUCGUGCAGCUACAUGGCUCAGAGCCUAUCGAAUGGGCAAGACUGAUUCCAGUACCAGUCAUCCGAAGAUUUGGGCCUGGUGACCGCGACUUGGGCGUUAGGACUUACCAUACCUUACCAUUACUCGACUCGGCUGCAGGUGGUACUGGUCAAAGCGUCGAUUUAGAAGCUGUGAUCGUGGCAUUGAAAGCCAAUGACGACUUGAGGGUGAUACUUGCUGGAGGUUUGACACCAAAUAAUAUUAGCGACAUCUUGGCUCAAUUGAAAGAUCACUUGCACCAGAUCGUAGGCGUCGAUGUCAGUAGUGGUGUCGAAACUGACGGCAAACAAGACGAGGAGAAAAUCAAAGCCUUCAUUGCAAAUGCAAAGAGCUAUUGCUGA